UAAGGACUUUCCGUAAUUAAAAUCACUACAUGUUUUUUUCACAAGCUAUAUCGCCAUCAAUAAUGUAAUGUUGCACAGAAGUUGUUUGCAUAUUGUUGUACACAAGAUGACGCCAGUGAGACAUGUUUUGAAUGAUAGUUUUAUGUAGCUGGGCGACUGUGAUAAAACUGGGGUUUUAAAGAGGCGGAAACUUACGGGCAUCUGCUUCCAAGAUGUUUCAUCACUUCAAAGUUAUUUAUCAACAACUCUCGAGCAAAUAUUUUAGUCUUACCAUUCUAAACAAACUACAAUGUAAAAGAAUAUCUUAAUUAUAAUCCCUUACCAGCUAACCCCCACAUCGUUCGAGAGAAUGCUUAUUGUUGGCCAUCUCAUUUUCGACACACAUGGCUGCUGUAAACAUAGAAAUGCAGCAUGAUAGCGUCUAGCUAACGUUAGCUGUCAAACUAUUCGUCUAGUGAAACAAACGUGGUUGAAGAUCGUUUAGUACUCAUAUUGACACUUCCAGCUCCAACGAAGGUACCCAUCCAUCAAAUAGUGACAAGCCUGUGUCUUCUCCCCAGCUGUGACAGCGAUGGAGGAGGAGGAGGUGUCUCUGAGAGUGCUGCCAAUGGACCCAGGGGACCGGGGAACCCAGAGGGUCAGACUGGGCCCAGGGCUGAUGUCCUCCCUGGGGUUGGGGCUGGGCUCUCCUGUUCUGGUGGCUCUGUCUGGAGGGUCCUGUCUCUGUACUGCCUGGCCCAGGCCUGACCUGGCUGACGGAUUCAUACAGAUAGACAUGAAAUGUUGUUCUUCAACUCUUAUCUUAAACAAAGCGACACCCACACACCUCAGCUCUAGCCCACUUCCCCCCGGCCCAUGCCUAAGUCCUAGCCUCACCCCAGUCUCCUGCCCCAAGCUGAAAGGCAUCAGAAUAACAGUGGUGGUUCAGAGUGUGGAGUUCCGGAAAACCACUCCUCCCAGUUUCAUCCAUGAACUAGUGAAGGACAUGCUGAAAGGGACAUAUGUCCACCAGAAGCACGUGAUAGAUGUGGGUGACUAUGACACGGACAUUAAACUGAUCGUCAUCGAGAGCCUGAACCCAGAGUCCACCGUGACUGGUUUGGUUACAUCUAAGACAGGGGUGGAAAUAAUGGGGACGAGGACCCUCCGGUACUACAGAGGACAGCUCCAGGAGCAGCCCCAGGUCCUGCUGGGAGGACUGGAGGAGGUGUCAGCGUGUCUGAGAGAGAUGUUGCGCCUGCCUCUGCAGUACCCUGCUACCCUGGGCUCCCUGGGUCUGUCCUGCCCCAGAGGGGUGCUCCUUGCUGGGCCGCCGGGGGUCGGAAAGACCCUGCUGGUCCGCUGCCUGGUGGGGGAGGUGGGGGCCAACCUCAUCACAGUCAGAGGACCAGAGGUAGUAGGGUCUCGGCCAGGGGAGAGUGAGGAGAGGUUGCGGGCGGUGUUUGGUCGGGCGCGGGCAGCGGCAGAGGAAGGGCCUUGUGUGUUGUUCCUGGAUGAGCUGGACUCUCUCUGUCCCAGACGGACUGGAUCCUCCGCACCCGAGAACCGGCUGGUCGCUCAACUGCUCACGCUCAUGGACGGCAUGGACCAAUCAGAUCGCUUCCUCAUUGUAGGAGCCACUAAUCAGCCGGACAGCUUGGACCCGGCGCUACGGCGGCCCGGGAGGUUCGACAGAGAGGUGGUUAUCGGUGCCCCCACAGCACAGCAGCGGUUAUCCAUCCUCUCAGUGCUGUGCAGGGCCAUGCCAGUGUGUGUCAGUGUGGACUGGGCAGAGCUGGCCCAGAGGACUACAGGGUAUGUGGGUGCUGACCUCAGUGCUCUCUGCCGUGAGGCUGCCAUGCUGGCUAUACGACACAACACACAGGGUUCAGGGGAGCAGGCUAUCACCAUGGAACACUUCCUGUCUGCCCUGAAGACUGUCCGUCCAUCCUGUCUGAGGGGCAGUCUGGGACGGACAGAUCUCCCAGCCGUCUCCUGGGAACAGAUAGGAGGCCUGGAGGAAGUCAAAGUCAAACUACAACAGAGUAUAGAGUGGCCGAUGCGUUACCCGGAGGCGUUUGUGCGUCUGGGUCUGUCCCGUCCCAGGGGGGUGUUGCUGUACGGUCCCCCAGGCUGUGCUAAGACCACCCUGGUCAGGGCUGCAGCCACCUCCUCCCACUGCUCCUUCCUGUCAGUCAGCGGGGCUGACCUCUACUCUCCAUAUGUAGGAGACUCGGAGAAGGCCCUGGCUCAGCUCUUUCGUCAGGCACGGGCCUGUGCUCCCUCCAUCCUGUUCCUGGAUGAGGUGGACUCUCUGAUUGGCUCCCGGUCAGAAGGCUAUGUCCCUCAGAGUGCCCAGACCCGCCUCCUGUCUGUGCUGCUGAAUGAGCUGGACGGGGUAGGCUUUAGGACCCUGGAGAGGAGAGGAGCAGGGAAGACCCUACAGGCUGAGAGAGUGGAGGAGCGCCACCAACAGGAACAUUUGGAGUACCAGGAGGUGUGUAACAAGGAAGUGAUGAUCGUAGCGGCCACUAACAGACCAGACUCUCUGGACAGUGCCCUCCUAAGGCCUGGAAGACUGGACCAGAUAAUCUACGUACCCCCACCUGACCUACAGGCGCGUGUGUCCAUCCUGCAGGUGUGUACAGAGAAGAUGCCUCUGGAUGAUGAUGUGUGUCUGGAGCAGCUGGCUAGACACACUGACCUCUACUCUGGAGCAGACCUGGAGAACCUGUGCAGAGAGGCGGCUCUGUUGACCCUCCAGGAUGAAGGUAUGGAAGCUUCUAGUAUCAAACACCGAUACUUCCUCCAGUCUUUACAGAGGAUGACUCCCUCUCUCUCGACCCAGCAACUACAGACAUACAAAAACCUCUUCAGAUGAAACUAUAGACCCACCCCAUCAGAUGACGCGGCGGACUUGGAAAAUAAAAAUAAUUUAGGUUCCUUUUUUGUGGGUCUGUUGGCUGUUAUGGUGAGUUGACGGUAUGUAGGCCUAAUUACAUUAGGAUGAUUGUUACUUCUGUUAUGACACCCUCCUACUGAUUGUAAUACAUCAGCACAAACAGGAUCUCCAGUCCUCCAACAGCACACACUUGUUGUAGGCGUACAAAAACACCUGAUUAAACUAAGGGCUUGAUGAUUAGAAUCAGGUGUGCUUGUCCAGGACCACAAAAAUAUUUACUGUUGGUGUAACUAGAGGACCUGAGGUCAGAAACGGCUAGUUCAUGGUCUGGCCCAGCGAGUCAAGGUCAGGAACCCCCUUCCUGAUUUUCACUCAAAUUCUGUCUUAUUGGGUAAAGGAUAAUGGCCAGUGAAAGUGAAACAUUGAAAUAUUUUGACCUCCCCACAGUUAAUGGAAUAUACAAGUGUAAACUUUAAGUCUAUUUUAGCUAGAAAAGGUACAAGUAUUUUGGCUAACAGCCGAUUUAAAAAGUUGGACAUUCAUUUUAGCCAACACAUGGCUAAGUCAAGGAAGCUUACCAGCAGCAAUACCUCUGCUCUAGUCCCCUUUAGAAGCAGAACAAACCACAACUCUUUAGGUCAGUGUUCAAAAGAAAUUUAUUUCUAAAUGUAACAGGUUCUUCACAUGUUUCCAGUCAAUGAAUCUGCCAGUUGAAGUGAGAGUGACAGACUCAGACAGGUCUCAGUCUAGUGAUAAAUUAACUCAAACAUUGAUAACCAUGAAUCAUUUAAACAAACAGCUGAUCAUGUGAUCAACAACCAGGCAAUACUGCAUCCUGAUGUUAAGGGAAUAGAAGUCUCGGUUCUAAUGCCCAUAUUAGUUUACCACUUAAAGUAUGCCAUUUGGGACGUAUCCAUACUUCAUUCUACGUAAGUAGUACACGAGUGUGGAUAUUGGAGCAGAGCCUUAGUGUUCAGGUUGAAGGAAUCAAUGUGCAAAUCACUGAGUGCUGCUGUAGAGAGCCAACCCUGACAACAGGAUAGACCAAAUGCCUUUUAAAAUGAACAUAAAAUUAAUCAAAACAAGAGCAACACAAGGCAGGUAAUGCAUAUACUGAACUGAUUUGCAGUUAAAGAAAAUGUCAUUUUAGUCUGUUCAUACCAACAUGUUGAUAAGCUUGGACAGGAAGACUGACAGUGGUUUAAGGAACCAACCAGGACCUGAAGACAAUGCCAAGUGUAUUCAUAUACACACACGAUAAAUAUUGGCAUCUCACAGCCCUCGAUGCUUAUGGAACAAUACUGCAUUUCUGAAAUGUUGACAGAAUCAAUCUGAUGAGCAAAUAAACCUGGCUGAUAUUAACUAGAAGCAGUAGUCAUGUAUUACCCUACUACAGUAUUAAACAUGAUUCAAAGUCA